GAGGCUAUAGGAAAUACAUUAUGUCACCGAAGGUCCUCACAAGUAUAGAAUGACAAGUGUGUGUGUGUGUGUGCGUGUGUGGAGAGAGAGAGAGAGACUGAGAGAGACUGAGAAAGACAGACGGAAACGUGAGCUGUGGUGUCACUGAGUCAUUUUUCAGUGAGACAGCAGUGAGAGAGGAUCAUGCGGCGGAUAAGCUUUCUUUCCCAUCAGCUCCAUUCUCAUCAUCGCCUUCAUUCUCACCAUCAUCAUCAUUAUCCCAUAAAUCCAACCAAGCCCAGCUGAGGAAUAAUGUCAGGGAACAACACCACGGGGACGACACAGGUGAGCGACUACACUUGCGUGCGCUUUUACGUGUCCACCGUGUCCUUCUCGGUGCUUCUCUUCUUCAACCUCAUCAUCAACUGGUCGAUAGUCCGCGAGGAGCGGCUCCGGCGUCAUGCCCGCUUCGUGCUGGUGUUCCACCUGCUGGUGUCUGCGCUGGUUCACCUGGGCAUGAGCAGCGUCUUCUACUACCAGAUCCACCUGGACGCGCGGCCGGGGCGCAGCGCCUGCCUGGUCAUGAUCAUUGUUCUGAUCAGCAGCGCCUCCAACAUCCUCCUGACGCUCACGGUGAUGGCUCUGGACCGCUACUGCGCCGUGUGCCACCCGAUGCGCUACAGCGCCUCCUGCACCCUGGGGCACUGGCCCUGGCUGCUGGGCGUGAUCACCUGGAUGCUGGCUUUGGUCAUCCCGUUCACUCUGCUCCUCCAGCCGGACUCCCAGGCCAGCAGAGACGACUAUCACGGGGAGUGCGGCCAGGAGAAGCUGAGGAAAGGCGGACUGCAGAAGGUGGUGUUCAUUGGUUUGUGCACGGUGCUCAUACUGUACAGCUAUGUGAGGAUACUGGUGGAGGGGAGGCGGUUAGGGGUGCUCAAUCGGCGCAACCGGGCCGGGUGUAAGACGAUCGCCCUGCACGGCACCCAGCUGGCCGUUUACAUCCUCCCCAACUUUGUGAGUUUCGUGCUGACGACUCUGUACGAACGAAAGUUCAUUCAGACAGAGACCAAAGAGCUGUCCGCCGUGGUGAUCUUUGCUUUCUUCAGUUUGGCGCAGUGUGUCGCGCCAGUUAUUUACGGUUUGCGCAAAGAGGAACUAAUGGAGCAGCUGAGUCACAGGUUCCCCUGCUGCUCCAGAUACUUGAAGAGUGUCCUCGGCUGGACAGUGCGAGCCAGCUGGCAACACCCUCACCACAGAGCAAGGGAGCGGACACUGACGGCCCAGACCAUCAUCUCCCUGGAGGUUUCACAAGUCCCAGCGCAGGAGGAGGAAACUAGGAGUUGCUCACACGACUCACUCUCGUGUCAAGGUGAUACGAGCAAUGCCUGAUGCGGGGAAAACAGCGGGUCAGGAUGUCGACUGGCACAGGAACAUGGCUGGGUUUUUUUUUCCCUCAGCUCAGGCCUGAAAGGAACUAAAGGGAUCUCCCGGGACUUCAUAAACCCCCCCGGGUCGGUCAGGAGAUUUAGACCAGGAUGUGCAGCGAGCGACUCGGGACAUCAGCAUGUUUAUUAUGUUGUGCUCUAUUUUUUUUGACCACUUGUCUCAGACAUGCGGAUUCACAGUGGAGCGGCUCAGUGGCCAACAGAGUGUGUUUGCAGAGGGCUGGUCCAGAGAUGUAAGAUUCAAGUCUUCAGGUCACAAACACAACUUCUCUGACCUCGGGACUGCAAACACGCCUGCAUCACGUGGGAUUAAAAAAAUGACUGGGAUGGAGGAUUUGAUCUCACAUGUCGUCUGGUGAAUGUUGUUUCCAUGUGUUCUUAACUUUGUGGACAUUAAAAGUUGUGAGUUUAAUGGCCUUGAUCCGCUUGAAUAUUUCCAGCACCCUGAAACCAGAAGAGGGAAACGGUCACAUACAUUCAACAUGGAAGUAAAUACUAACAAAUACAUGAAGACAUCUCAUGGUUGAUUUUACAUCUUUAUCAAAACCAUUUGAUAACAUUUAGAAACUGAUGCUUAUUCACUUUCCUGUCAAGUUAGAUGAGAAGAUCGAUACCACUCUCAAUGGGUGCAUGCAGAUUGAUCGAUUAAUGUAUUGAUAUUACAAAGUUUUGUCAGUCACUCUGCUUCUCUGCUGCUGUUGUGUGGAUGCAUACACAUUUGUUAUUUAUCAUUAAAAGAUUUUUGUUCACAUC